AAAGUUUAUUAAAACUUUGUUUAUUCUGCUAUUAGUGUAGAUGACUGUGUUGUAGUAUUUUACUCAUUUAACAAAAGAUAAUUAGGCAGUCUAAGGAAGCGAGUUAUGCUGUAGUCCUAUACCAUCUCGCAUUGAAACAUAAAGCCUACAAGAACAGACCAGUUGGUUAGAGCAAACACAGUUAUAGACAGCUAUAUUUUAGAUUUAAGUCUUGAAUGAAACAACUCUAUAAGUAAAAUGGAGUUGUCUUCUAUUGAUACCACUAGUGAAUCUGGAUUGCGAGAAGAAUGUGGGUUGUUUGGUAUGGUGGCCGCCAACAGUGGUAUAGACAUCACAUUGUCACACCUGAUACACCUAGGACUGGUCGGUCUACAACACAGAGGUCAGGAAAGUGCAGGAAUAGUGACGUCUAUGGGAGGACCAAAUGACACAUUUGUCACAAGAAAAGCUAUGGGUCUUGUCAAUGGUGCAUUCUCAGAUGAUGAUAUUGUCAUUUUGAAAGGAAAUUUGGGCAUUGGUCAUGUUCGAUAUUCCACUCAGGGUUUAUCUAAUGCUUCAAACAUUCAGCCUUUUGUUGUAGAAAGUUUGCAUGGCCUAAUAGCAGUUGCACACAAUGGGGAACUAGUGAAUGCAAUGCAUUUGAAACAAAAGUUACUCCGCCAUGGUGUUGGCUUAUCAACAAGUUCUGACAGUGAACUAAUUACACAACUGCUAACACAUACCCCAGAUUGUGGUGAACCCAAUGGAGCCAAUUGGGUUGGAAGGAUCAAAAACAUGAUGCAAGAAACAGUUGCUUCCUACUCACUUUUGAUUAUGCAUAAAGAUAGGAUUUGGGCAGUCAGGGAUUCUUAUGGGAACAGGCCACUGUGUAUUGGCAAACUUUUACCUGCAGAUGCUGUUACAGUAAUGAGGAGCCCUUCAGGUAACAGACUGGCAUUACCUGAUGAAUCUGAGGCUUGGAUAGUUGCUUCUGAAUCCUGCACUUUUCAUGCCAUGGGAGCUGAGUAUGUCCGAGAUGUCUUACCAGGGGAAAUAGUGGAGGUGACCAAGAAUGGAGUUAUUUCAAGAUGUAUCGUCCCCAGGCCUGAAGCCCACCCUCCAGCUUUCUGUAUAUUUGAAUAUGUUUAUUUUGCCAGACCAGAUUCAAGAUUUGAAGGUCAAAUGGUGGCAUCUGUUAGACGGCGUUGUGGCAGGCAGUUAGCAUUAGAAUGGCCAGCAGAUGUUGAUCUGGUUAGCACUGUCCCUGAGUCAGCAACUCCAGCAGCAAUGGAGUAUGCAGCAACUCUCAACAUUCCUUACCGAGAAGUGCUCUGCAAAAAUAGAUAUGUGGGGCGCACAUUUAUUCAACCGUCUGCCCGUCUACGCAAACUUGGAGUUGCCAAAAAGUUUGGACCUUUGGUUGAUAACUUCUACGGUAAACGUCUUGUUAUUAUUGAUGACUCAAUAGUUCGAGGAACCACCAUGGGACAGCUUGUGGCACUCUUAAGGAAAGCUGGUGCUAAAGAGGUCCAUGUUAGAGUGGCCUCUCCUCCAAUCAAAUAUCCUUGUUACAUGGGUAUCAAUAUUCCAACAAAAGAAGAACUGGUUGCAAACAUCAUUCCUUUGAAUGAAAUGGCUAAACUGUUUGGAGCUGAUUCGGUGCAUUAUUUGUCACUUGAAGGCCUGAAGAAAGCUGUGACAGAAGGCUUGAAGGAAGGUCAAGAAACUGGACACUGCACAGCUUGCUUAAGUGGGGACUACCCAGUUAAGAAACUAGAUUGGUAGCUGACAAUUGAAAAAUUCCUUCUUAAAAAAACCUAGCUCAAUCGAAAGCUCAAAAAAAAAAAAGCAACAAAUAAAUAAACCAGGGAGCCUUGAUGUGUUCACAAACAUUAUUUUAAUACCAACAGUAUUGUCUUACUAAAUAUAUUUUUAACUCUUAAAACCAACUUGGCAUUUUUAUAUUUUAUUUGACUACUUACCAAUAAAAGUGCCAAUAGUUUCAACUGCUAGUUGACUGACAUUAGAUAAUAAUUAUAUGUCAUAUGUAACUGUUGAAUUGGUGUUUAUGUGUCAACAAAACAAGGCUAACUGAGCAUGUAUGUAUAUAUAUAUUUGUCAAUUAUUACAUUUGAUAUUAUUAAAAGAUCUAUCAGGGAACUGA